AUGAAAGCCUUCUGCUACUCAUUGGGCAGUGUGUAUAUCUUCCUCGCAUCGUUUGCCAAUGGCCAAUGUUCAAUAUGUCCCAGUGGAGUUGAUGAAGGGCUUCUAGGCGCCGAUCCAACCGGUCAGGGUCUGGAUACUUGCGCUGAAAUUGACAUAAUAUAUCAAGGCCUUGACAGGUUUGCAUGUUUGGCUCAAAAACCGGCAGUGAUGCCAAACUGCUGUCCAUCUCAAUUGCCGACAUAUGCUGUCGACAAUGUUUGUGGAUGGUGUCCCAAUGGAGUUCCAAAUGUCUAUGCAGAAAUUCCAGAUAUCCUCCUUCCAACAAAUACAACAUGUCUAAACUAUAUGGAGCUUGUUUCAUUUACAGAAGACUCAGACGGUUGUAGCUUCUUCGACCGUCCUGCAACCUUUUGCUGUCCAGCGGAUGCAGGUCCAGUAUUCACAUGCGAUUUUUGUUCACAAGGGUUGGACUUUCCUGAUCUAGAUCCAGAGGGAGAUGGCACGAAAUGCUCGGACCUUCAGCCACUAGUUGACUUGCUAUUCGACGAGGAUUCAUGUGGAUUCUUCAAAUCAGCUGAGCUAAGCUGCUGUCCGAGUACAACAGAGUUGAUACCGUGUGGCUUUUGCAGUAAAGGACUUGAAUUCCCCAACAUGGUACCCUUUCCAGAUGGUGCCACUUGCACUGAUUUACAAAACAAUGCUACCCUCGUUGCCUCAGGAAGCUUAUGUGAUCUACUAAAAGCUGGCGAGGAUUUCUGCUGUCCAAGUACUACGGAUGGCUAUGUCUGUGAUUUUUGUGAUCGCAACGUUAAGGUUCCCAACCAAUUGAUUGGAACCGAAUCAUCCGUGUUUGGGCUCUUCGGUGAUGAAACGUGCGAAGAUGUGAUGGUAUUUGCGGCAUUGGCACCCAACGCAUCAACUUGUGAGCUCGUCAAGUCGUUCGAAGGGGUUUGCUGCCCACCGAACCAGGAUGUCACACCUCCUCCUAUGGCGACUUUCUCCCCUGAUCCGUCAUCACCUCCUACCGAUGGUGGUGAUAGUGGUGGAGGCCAAGAAGCAGGAGGUGAUUCAGGUGCUGUGGUUGCUGAUUCUUCCUUCUUGAGCAUCAAGGUAUUGGGGCUUGUCCUUUGUCUGUACAUGACAUCGGUUUCAUCAUAA